UGAUGAGCAGAUGUCUUGAGAACAGGCGUGUGGACGUACAGAAGGAAUGAUAGGAAAAUAAACCCGUGUAAUGUUGUUUCAAGUUACAAGUUAAAACUGAUUCAUAACUAGAAUGUUUUUGUUUUUCUUCACCCUUCUUGGUCUCGUCCAUUCUGGCUUCAGUCAGUGUGAGGACGGCUGGCGGCCGUAUGAGGAGAGAUGUUACUUCUUCUCCUCCGACAUGAAGCCGUGGCACGAAGCGCUGGAGGACUGUGUGAGCAAGGGCAGUCAUCUGAUGAGCAUCCAGGACAUUCAUGAGCGGAUGUGGGUCCGGACGCAGAUCGGGACCUCCAUCUUCUGGAUCGGACUGAAUGACGUGGCGUCAGAGGGAAACUGGGAAUGGAGCGACGGGAGUGUUUUCUAUCCCUACCUGUCGUAUUGGAAGGAGGGUCAGCCGGAUAACUGGGCAGAUAAUGAGGAUUGUGGGCAGCUUCAGGGCGCCAGCGAAGGCCGAUGGAACGAUGAAACCUGCUCCGCCAGACGGCAGUAUAUCUGUAAACGGCCAAACCCUAACCCGGCUCCGCUCUGUGACGCGGCGAACGGCUGGCAGCUCUUCGGCUCGAACUGCUACAAGCGAAGGGCCGGCGUCCGGAAGAGCUGGACGGCGGCUCGCAGUGACUGUGUCCGAGAAGGCGGAGACCUGGUGUCGGUCACGUCUUCUGAAGAGGAACAGUACGUCACUAGCCGUCUGGACCCGUCCGCCUUUGACCUCUGGAUUGGGUUUUCCACAAUGAAAUGCACAACUUUAUCCUGUCAAAUUCAACCAAAUGCCACGACUUUUACCUGGUCUGAUGCGAGUUCUUCCACGUACCUAAACUGGCCGGAGGGACAACCUGAUCUCACUGACAAAGCGAAUGGCGUGUGCACUGCUAUGAUAAAAGAAUCAGGAGAGGAUUAUGGGAAAUGGAGAACACACGCCUGUCGUUAUGAGCGACCUUACAUGUGCAAGAGAGCUUUGAAUACCAUUUGUCCUCCUGGAUGGUUGAGCUUCUCGGGGAACUGUUACUGGUUGGUCAGUAACCAGAAUCUCUUGACCAGCUGGUAUCUGGCUCAGACCAAGUGCUUUGACAUGGGUGCAAACCUAGUGACCAUCAAAAAUGAAGCGGAGCAGUUCUUCAUUAAUGCACAGUUGCCUGAUUUUCACCAGGUAGAUUUACCUGAUCUGUGGAUUGGGAUUUCAGAUAAGGACCAAGAUGGGACAUUUAGGUGGGUGGACAAAACUGCAGUUGAGUUUUCAAACUGGAGCCCAAAUUUCCCUCAGAAUACAGCUAACCAGUGGGACUGUGGCCAGAUUUACACCGGAAAUUAUGCUGGAAAGUGGGAAAGUACCAACUGCUUUAAAAAUCUUGGAUACAUUUGCAAGAUGCCAGGAGGACAGAAUGUGAAGCCCACUUCAGCUCCAGACUCACACUGUGACGAAGGCUAUCUGCUCUUCGGCGAACACUGCUAUCACUUUGAGACCGAAACAGUCAAGACUUGGCAGAACGCAGAAAGUUACUGUGUGGCUCAAAACGCACACCUGGUCAGCAUCCACAACCAGGAGACCGUCAGUUUUCUGACAGCACACAUGAGCAGGUCUUCCUGGGUGGGUCUUAAUGACAUCGACAGAGAGGGAACGUAUGUGUGGACCGACGGAACUCAAGCGGACUUCCUUCCCUGGGAGACGAACCAGCCCGAUAACUGGCAGGGGAACGAAGACUGCGUUCACAUUCGAGGAACUGAGCACAAGGAUACAGGGAAGAUCAACGACCUGCCCUGCACAGCCACUUAUCCGUUCAUCUGCCAGAAAGCCAAAGGUCAAGGUCCACCCGCACCCCCAACAGCCGGUCCAGGCUGGAAUGCGAAGUGUGGCUCCUGGGUCGCUGACCCGUUUAAUGAUUACUGCUACCUGUUCACGACUCUGUCCAUGAGAAAGUGGGCUGAUGCUCGUGCAGACUGUGUGAAUCAGGGUGGAGAUCUGAUCAGCAUCACUGAGCCGUUUGAACAGGGCUUCGUCCAAGCUCAGAUCCAGGCGGCUCCCACGGGAGUCUCUCUGUGGAUGGGAGCGCAUGACUCCAUCACCGAGGGCGGCUGGACGUGGACAGACGGUUCUCCCUUCCGCUAUAUAAACUGGGCUGCAGGAAACCCUGAUGAUUAUUACAAUGAAGACUGCCUGUCCAUUUUGAUCAACUCUGGAGCGUGGAAUGACGAUAACUGUGAGAAUAAGAGAGGAUAUAUCUGCAAGCGUCGUGGGAAUACACCCGAGCCUCCUCCGCCACAUGACGGUUUCUACACCGCAUACACCUGUCAGGACUCCAGCUUGGUCCUUCACUGCUCCCAGAACAGCGUCAUCAACAUCCAGUCGGCUUUUUACGGUCGCCGCAGUGACAAGAUCUGCCCGUAUGGAGACGGAAGCUCUGGUGUGUGCACUGUCGAGGGCACGCUGGCUCUGGCCAGGAAGAGCUGCGAUAACAGACAGUUCUGUUUCCUAUUCGCACACGCUGAUACUGACCCCUGCCCCACCGUCUACAAAUACCUGGAGGUGGUUUACAGCUGCGAGCAGAACGUGUGUUUGAGAGGGUUAGGUGUGGAGGAUGGAAACAUCUCGAAUUCAAUGCUCUCAGCAUCAUCAUCUCUCAGUGGAAAUGGACCAGAUAAAGGUCGUCUGAAAGGGAACUCCUGCUGGAUGCCCUCUACUUCUGCCAACUCCUGGAUUCAGGUGGAUUUGGGUCAGCUGAAGAAGAUCACCGGGGUCGUCAUUCAGGGCUGCCCAUCAACAGAUCACUGGGUCACUAAGUUUAAGAUCCAGACCAGCUCAGACGGCCUGAACUGGAAUGACUACAGCAAUGACGGAGGGGAGUACCUGGGUUCUGUGGACAGGACGACUCCAGAGACGCGCUUGUUAGGGACGCCGAUCUCCGCUCAGUCCGUUCGGGUUCUGCCGCUGCAGUGGAACGGGCAAGCAGGAUUGCGGCUGGACGUUCUGGGCUGCGUACCGGACUAUGCUGUUUCUUGCAGUGCAAAACCCAACCUGGACCACUCCAUAGACAGAAUGACGGUUCACUGCCCUGCUGGUUGUGCCAGAGAGGCGUAUUCUGUGUUCGGGACAGAUAUGUAUCGCGGGGACUCUAAUAUCUGUGCGGCUGCGAUCCACGCCGGAGUGGUUCUGAAUGACAUUGGAGGAGACUGUACUCUGCUCAAAGCUGACGGUCAGAACUUUUACAGCGGAUCCACCAAGAACGGCAUCGUAUCCAGACAGUUUGACGGGCUCUACUCUGUGUCCUACCACUUUACUGAUGGAGAGCUUAGGUGUUCUGGUCCAGACUGGUACGAGUUCGGAGAGUUCUGCUAUAAGCCGUUUGAAGAGAAGAAAACGUGGCAUAGCGCGCGGACGGCCUGCAGGCAGCUGGGAGCCGAUCUGGCCUCGAUCCGGUCCAUGACAGAGCAGAGCUGGCUGGAGAGCUACCUGUAUCUGGCCACCAGUGACGUGUGGAUCGGGCUGAAUGAUCUGGGCUUCUCAGGUUUGUUCUCGUGGUCAGAUCAUCACGAGGUCACGUUCACAUACUGGGCUCCCGGAGAACCCAACAACCACUUGGGCUUCAACGAGGACUGUGUGGAGAUGUUCCAUCAGACGGGCCGAUGGAAUGACGUCACCUGCACGGAGUUAAACACCUACAUCUGUAAAAUGCCCAAAGGUCACUAUCCUCUGCCCUCCGUCCAGCCCACCAUCUACGGCUGUCCUCAGGGCUGGGAUGUCUUUGAAUAUUCGUGCUAUUGGUUUGAAGAAGCUGCUAGAAGCCGCGAAGAAGCCAAAGUGUUCUGUGAGAGUCGAAACAGCACUCUGCUGCAUAUCAUGGACCUGUAUGAACAGGCCCAUUUUACAGCUCUGAUGGGCCGAUACUCUGGUGACUGGUGGAUCGGGCUGCGGGCGAGAGGAGGCGAGGCGGGAGUCGACUAUUACUGGGACAACAACGCUUUAUUAACUUACACCAACUGGGGCCGCAACGAGCCGAAUAACCAUGCUGGAUCAUGUGUCACUAUGACGACGGCCCCGCUGGCAGGAUUCUGGAAUAACAAGCAGUGUGAAGAAUCAUUUCCGUUUGUGUGUGAAGCUCCCAGGAACGGCAUCUCUCCGCCGACACCCGCUCCGACUCCGCCGCCGGUGACGGGAUGUGAGAGCGGCUGGGGUGGAGAGCCUCACUUCAGAAACUGCUACAGGUUGUUCACAGUGGACUUUCCCCAGAAGAAGAGCUGGCAGGCGGCUAGAGACGACUGUCUCGCCCGCGGCGCCGAUCUGGUCAGCAUCCACAAUCCCGCGGAGGAAAUUUUCCUCUCCAGCUAUUCGAAGGGAAGGACCAAGUGGAUCGGACUGAGCGUCAGCCUGGUGGAGGGAGGUUACCACUGGAGUGACGGGACGCCUGUCAGUCACACAAACUGGGGCCAUGGUGAACCGAAUAAUCACAAUGGGCGGGAAAACUGUGUGGAGAUGGUGACCACCCACAACGGGACGUCCUGGUGGAACGACCUGAAUUGCGAUGCCCACCAGGACUGGAUCUGCAUGAUUGCUAAAGGAAAGAAACCGAUUAUACCACCAGUGCCUCCGUCCCCCGUUCCAGCUCCAGAGUGCGGAUCGAACCCGGGCUGGAGGAAGAACAAUGGCAUCUGUUAUUACUAUAAUGACACCGAUAUCGUGGACUUUCACAUGGCUCUUGUGAGAUGUUAUGAAGAAAAAGCUCAGUUGGUGUCUAUCGCUGAUGAAGACGAGCAGUCUUACGUGGUCAGCCUGGUUGGCACCGGUCAGGCGGCCGCUGCCUGGAUUGGCAUGAGAAUGUUCGGGGUUGCGGGUGGAGAGUAUCUGUGGAUUGAUCUGUCUCCGGUGACGUAUGUGCACUGGGGUCCCGGAGAGCCCAACGACGCCAACGGAGAAGAACAGUGUGUCCAGAUGAACAGACAUCCAGGUUCAUGGAAUGAUGCGAACUGUGGACGUGCCAGCGCUGGUUAUGUGUGCAAAAAAUAUCCAGGAAAUGACCACACGCCUCCACCUCCAACGGCAUCAUGGGAAGGAAACUGUCCCGAGGGAUGGAUGAAAUUCCGCAACAAAUGCUACAUAUUCAAAGGAAGCCACCACCAUCAGUCUGAGAUCAAGGCCAACUGGACUUCUGCGCGGGACUGGUGCCGACAGCAGGGAGGAGAUCUCGCCGUCAUCGAUGAUCAGAACGAAAAUGAUUUUGUGGCCAGUUAUCUCAGGGAUCUGGUUGUGCCAGUUUGGAUUGGUUUAUCCGAUAGGCUGCAUGAAGGGAAGUUUGCCUGGAGUGAUGGAGUCAGUCCGGUCUUGUACACAAACUGGGCCGAUAAGGAGCCAAACAACGCUGACGGGCAGGAACACUGUACUUCAAUCACCCAUAAUCACCUGGUCACGGGCCGCUGGAACGAUGAGCAAUGUGAUCACGAGCGAGGAUGGGUGUGCUCUAGGAAGAAAUCGAGCAGCAUUCCCGUCCCGCCGCCCACAAGCUCGCCGUGUGCCUCCGGAUACAUCACCUGGUACAGCAACUGCUAUAAGCUGAUUUCCGAGCCCAAGACCUGGGAAGAAGCUCAGCAAGCCUGUGUGAAGGAGGGUGGAAACUUGGCCAGUGUGGACAUGAGUUACGACCAGGCCUUCAUAUCUGGAGCCGUGCAGCAGGGCAAGACGGACGCCUGGAUCGGACUUCGCCGACUGCCUGACAGCGAUUCGUACAGAUGGUCUGAUGGUUGGCCCGUCUUCUUUACUCACUGGGGUCCGGGAGAACCAACCAAUCACAAGGGAGAAGGGUGUGUCAGCAUGCACGCGCCCUCACACUUCAUCCAGGGCACUUGGAAUGACACGGCCUGCGACGAUGCCAAACCUUACAUCUGCAAAAUCACUAAAGAAAAGCCUCCGGCGACGCCGGCUCCGGGCGAUGGGAAGUGUUUGCCAGGCUGGUGGACGUACGGACGUCACUGCUAUUUCGCAUAUAACGGAAAAGUGGGUUUCUCGUGGCCAGAGGCGAGACACUUCUGCCAAGAGGUGAAUGGGGGCGAAUUAGCCUCAAUUCACAGUCGAGCUGAGGUGGAAUUCAUCAGGAAUAUCAAUUACACAAAGUACCACUAUGUGUGGAUCGGCCUGACCAGAGAUCGCUCAUUUGGAUGGGGCUGGACGGACCUGACAUCUCUAGGCUUCACCAACUGGGCUCCUGGAGAACCCAAUGAAGCCGUUCACGAUGGCGACUUUGGCAAAGAGAAUUGCGUUGAGAUGUAUCACGACGGCACAUGGAAUGACAACAACUGUGUGCAGAAGAGAGGCUUCGUGUGCCGACACCGGCAGUAUUAUGUGACGGAUGGUAAUGGGAUCGUCAUCCCAACCGACGCAUCAGCCACGGACAGCGGUCUGAUCGCCGGGGCUGUUAUCGGGGCUAUUGUGUGUGCGGCGCUGAUACUGGCCGUCAUGUACUACGUCUUCAGUGUGAAGGGUGUAAGACCAGGACAAAUCAGCGUCUUCAAACAAGACACCAAGAAUAUCGAUGUGCCUGCAUUCACUAACCCGAACUUCGCUGGAGAAUCUGAAUCAUGAGCUGCGAGAGAGUCAUCUGCUCCUGUACAGAAACUAAAGCACUGGAACAUGUUCAAUCAACACCGAAACUCAUUCACACAAGCAUCUUAUCAUUUCCUGUAGAUUUAAAGUUGGUUUUUGUGUAUGUGUGCUUGUAUUCUUAAUUUUAAAUUUGUUAUGGUAAUGUUUAUUGUCUGUACAGUUGUUUCUUGAAAUAAAUUUGAAUUGUAUA